AUGAGUCUGAUCGAUGACCAAGGCAGACCAAAGAUUUCAGCACAUUUCUUGCGCUCGACCGAGGCAGCUAGUAGUGGUGGUCUCUUUGGCAGCUUGAAAAACGUCCUUGGUGUUGGUCCCUGGAAACGUGAUAUUGUGUCAGUAUGCACCCGCCCGCUUCCUGCUAGACGCGAGAUACAGGCUAUCGCUGCCACCGAGACUGGCCAAAUCUACACCUGGCACCUUGCCUGGUCUGGCCAACCCACAUUCAGAGGCGCUUUCGAUUUCCGUCAGUUUUUGCAGAAUGAGUUGGCCAUAUCGUUGGGCGAGAACAUCAUCAGUCUGCUCGACAUGGCCAUUACUCCUGCUUCUUCGGCUGCUGACGCUCCGCUGCAACUGGUCUUGUUUGUUCAGGCUGGUCCUGCCUCAUCUCCCUCAUACGCCAUGGCUCAAGUGACUAUGGAAACACAAGACGGUGCUCGCCUCGAUGGAAUCAUUCGAAUCAACACUGUAUCGCCUGACUCGCCAGCCACAUCUCGCCCACGACUGCUUUUGCCUAAGCCUGGACAUACCGCUUUUAUCAUCUUUGAACAUGAGAUCAUACUCGCUUCUAUCACAAAGUCGAGUUCGUUCCAAGAUGCCAUACGCCUGAGAUCAGACAAACACGUCACGAUUGAAGGGGCUUGUGAAGAAGACCUGAUUGAUACAAAGGGUACUUCUUCAUGUGCCAUCUUUAUCAAGGGUCAUGGUCUUGCUCGCGUCUCCGCUACCCAGACGAAUGCGUCCCACUCUUCAAUAAAGACCAAGAUUGAACAAGCGAUAUUCUACGGAACCAUGUCUGACAAUGUCCUUGAUUUCUCUCGCAGACCGUACGAUCGCUACGACAUUGAAGAAACUGAAGAAGCCGCAUUGUCCAUUAGUGCUGAGAUUUUGCGUUCAACUUCACACUUCAUCCCACCACUCACUUCAUCCAUGGAGGCUCAUCUUCAAAAUCGCAUCAAAGCUAUUCGUGCUUUAAUUCUCCACCUUCGUAGCGAUUAUCCACCAGUGUCAAGACCGACAUCGUGGAGGCUGCUGCUCGAUGCAGAGAAGCUAGCCGCCGCUCAAGCCAUCUGGAUCGCUUGCGAGGAGCGCUCCUCCAAGUCUACUCUGCUUCCUAUCGUCAUCCAAGCCUAUUACAGAUCCCAAUCUAGACAACAGUCUAUCGAUGUCAACGCCGACUCGAUGAGGUCUUGGUUCGUCGAGGAGGUCGCCAACAUUGACAAGCUGCGAAACCUCGUGCUAUUGAUGAUCAACAACGUUCACGAGGAUGGCAAGUCUAGAAACAUAAUGCAGCUGAUCAGCGAAGCCGACGAUAUUCUGUUCAGCCUUUACGACGCUGUGUUCAGCUUCCGCACUGAGAACGCCGAGAUAUACGGCAUGGAUCUAACUCUAUUCGACGACGGCGUUCUGGAAGAAGGCUACGAAGAGCUCAUAGAACCUUGGACCUCGCAGUACGAAGUUCUCAAGUCACUGAACAGAUUUAUCGACAUCUCGCGCGAACGCGCAGUCAAUUCCUUUGACGACGCCUCUAGAGUUUCGGAUAUGGCGACUGUCGACAAGAUCGUCAGUGAGAAUGUCCGCAUGGUCAACGUUUUAUGCCUCUGCUAUAGAGAGCGUAUCGCUUAUAGCAAGGUACACAACGAGCAGAACAGUCCCAGCUACGCAAUCAGCCUUGGAAAGAUCUUCGAACAAGCCCGAGCACACCACUUGCGCUCCCUCAAUAAGAUUGGCGAGUCUGCCUCUGGUAUCAGCAUUGCCGAAAAGUACAGGGAUAUGCAAACGCUCGUGCAGCUAGUCAUCGAAGAAUCUCAGUUCAUGUCGAACAUCUUGAACGACCCUGGCACUGUUUCUCACGAUAGGACGGAGACUCAGGCCAACAUGAACAAACUGCAGACCAAGGUGGAAGGUUACUUCAAGAUGUUUGGUGAAGAGUGGGCAAACGCUUUCUUCGAUAAUCAUCUUUCCAGUCGCCGCAGCUAUGGCUUACUGAAAGAGGCAGAGGAUUUCAGAGAACCGCUCACUCGUUAUCUCAGAGCCGAAAAGACUCGUGGUCGGCUGUCCUGGAUCAAUGACGUGCUCCGUGAAGGCGAUUUCCAGGAAGCCUCCACGACACUGACAACUUUGGCAGAAGAGAAAGAGAUCAAAUUCUGGAACAAGAAAGUUGAGCUUUCACUCGCAAAGCUGACAUCCUUGGCCGCGACGGAGGAGAAGGGCUCCAAAGGAAACCAGGAACGACUCAAUGACGACUUGACGGUGGUCAACACACAAGAAGCCAUCAGACAACACCUGCAAUACAUCCUGUAUGCGGCAGUCGAUAUCGAGGCCGAGGUUCAACUAGCAUGUGACACUUAUGCUGCAUACCUCCAGCUUAAGACUCCAGCGUUGUAUGGCCUGCUUGAGGCAUCACUAAUGCAUAUGCUCAGGAACGAAGCCCUGUCAGUAGAGGAGAUGAUCGACAUCCUGACCCUCAUGGACACGAAGGAAAGUGAAGAUUCUGAGGUCAACAUCAUUGGCAAGCAGUUCUUGAUGGCGUUGCAAGUGCUCGAAGCAGGCAAGUCCAAGAUGGAGGAAGCUCGAUUCGAGACAAAUCUCCGCAUGAUCUGGAAGAGAUGCUAUCUGCAAGACGAUUGGGAAUUUAUCAACAACACGAGGAAGCGAACUGACAAGCUUAUCUCGAGGCACAUCAGAGACACUUUUGCGUGUCAAACAAUGAUGCGUGGGCUAGAGCUUUGUAAGUUUGAAAAGAUGAAAGACAAGAACUCGGCUGACGUUCAAAAAGCAUUGUUCCACCCAGGCUCAGGCAUUCGCAUGAUGACACCUAGCGAGACGUUGGGGGCAGGAUGUACGGCCGGAGAGCUGCAAAGCAGAUUCCCGGGCGAAGAGCUCCGUGACCCGAUCAUGCACGACAAUUUGAUUCAAGACGGGCAGUUACAAGAGCUGAUCGAAAAGUGCAACGCGGAUCGCUGGCAUGCAGUGUGUGUGGANGGAAGCCAAAAGAAACUGGAAGAAGAGGCAGCGACAAGUGCACAGGAAGAGGCAGCUGCGCAGCAACUGAAACAGACGUUGAAGGAAGCUGAAAACGACGGUGCCGAGACGAACAUGGACGCACAGAUGGUUGACAGUGCGGGAGGCGAGUCAGAACAGGCAGAGCAGCAGAGUGCAGAUGACGGCGAUGUACAAAUGGCGUAG